GGGAAACCGCCAACAUGGAAAUGUCUGGGAUUACUUGGGAUCAUCAUGUAUUCGGGUCUGAUAUAUCACAAAACAGCUUACAACUAGCCCAAGUGGAUAUUUGCUAUUGUCAUCCGAUCGAUCGCCUGCAACCCACGGAUCACGGGUUCGAAUCAAUGUGUAUACGAGUAACAUACCGGUAUUCCAGCCCGCAUUCAACCGCAAGUGGUUGUUUGUUAGCGUCAAAUCGGUGUGAAGUUUCUGUGUACCGCUGACACCUACCCUAUUCGCUGUGGUCUCCUGGCCUGAUUCAUUGCGUAGGAUGUGCCUGAUGCAGAGCAGCCUGUGGAGUAAAUCAGAUUACGACCUAUGGCAGCGACUGCUCGAAAGGAGCUACCUAACCGAGGUCACCGUAUCCUUAAGCGAUAACUUGAUGUUUUCGACCAUGUAGCGUUGACAGUGUAGAUGUCGUAACUUUGUAUGUUUACCUAACGUGUUUGGGCCUUGCAGUGAGUCUUCAUUUCCCUCGUCCUUCCAUUUUUUAGCACUUGGUACGUUCCAUUUUAAUUAGGAUUGCAUGACUAUGAAUAAUUAGCAGAGAUCGUUGGUGUGUUAUUGUUUUUAUUAAUGUACUUCCAAGGAAACGCAAGUUUAUUGCGUCUAAGGGGUCAAACUAGCAAACAACUAAAGCACUGGAUCUAUGGGGUCGGUAACUACUGGCAUAGCGCGGGUGUGUGCUGUGAUGCUAGGCAAUAAUAAACCGACUUGGACCGGACGUUAUAACUUGACACACAACGCCGAUACCGGCUAUCGAGCUCGACUUUCAACUGGCUACAGAUUUUGGUCAUUUGUUCAUGGCUUUGCUUUUUAACACUUUUCAUGAAAUGAUAAGGUACAACUACACUGGAACGCAGUUCUUUCCAGUGCAACGUAAAAUAUCCCUGGACAGGCUCAGACAUCUGGCAAAGAGUAUGAUUGAAGCUUGCCUCCCGAUCAAGUGCCUGGAGGCCACGGCUCUUGCUAUAUUUAUCACGGAAGGUCAAAAGGAGUUCAAACGGUUCACCCUCUCGUUUUGUUCCGAAUUCGAAGGACAAUGCUUCAAACACAUUGUUUUGGGCGUCCAUGCUGAUGGCAAAUAUGGCGCUCUCGGGCUUAGCCGUCGUGACGAUCUGAUGUACCGGCCUUUGGAGUACUCGUCUUUAGGAGAAUUUAUAGAAAGUUACAUGCACGCGUAUUCUGGUCACAGUCAUCGUUUAUUGAAAGUAAAACUUGGGCUACCAAUUCCGCACCAACCUUAUGCAUUUCAACCGGUACCAUGGAAGGGCCUUACGGUUAAGCUGGGUCUACCUAAGCUUACGGAUAAUCUCAAGCGCACGUUUAAUCAGUACUCCCGCAUUAUAACCGGACAAGUGGACUGUUGCUUUAUACACAGCCCAAUUACGCAACUGCCGGCUCUGAACAGCAAUGCCUGUAACAGCACCUACCACUUUCCGCUUCGACAUCGGGGGGCUGGCACCAUCAGGAGAGAAGUGAAGAUGAAAUCGAAACUCGCGUUAGUCAAAACUAUCGGGUCACGAGGAAUCGCAAAGAGGCCAGUGAAACUUACCACUUGCCUCUUGCCCAUAAAGGAGCGUAACUUGGAAAACGCAGCGAAAACCUCGCAAUAUCAAGUGAGAGUCUGACAACCAAGCACAUUCAUUUACAUCCAUGUCUAAAGUGUACAGAUAACACCGAACUGCUGUAUGUAUUCCAUACAUAUGCUUCGGUUGCAGACUCAUUUCCAUAUUCUUUUUCGGGAUUGUACGUUGCUGGAUUCAGGUUUGGUGGAAGACGGAAAUACUUCUGUCGCAGUGUUGGUCACUUAAAUGAAUGCGAUUCUUUGGAAGAAAUCAUCAACACAGCCAUGAUUUCCGUAAAGACAAACAUCCAAUGACUGGUAGUCUUCGACCAGUACCUGGAUAGGAUUGUUUACAUCCGAUGUUCGUCAGUUGCUAUUUGUUGAUAAGCUAUCUGGUACUGUCCUGGAUCGCCUGCUA